AUGCCAUCUGAUCUAGAGGCUCGCGCUGUGGUACCUCAUGACUCUCUGAACCCAAUUCGCAGCCGUAUCCAAGGAGGAGCCAUUGGUCGUGCCAUCACCAUGUUCCAGCCUCUGUUACACCGCGCUCACGGUUGCGAAGUUUACACCGCCGUUGACGAUAGCGGAAAUAUCAGUGGAGGUCUUCAGGACUCUGGCAAUGUUAGAGGUGGAUGCCGUGAUACAAGCAAGGGCCAGACCUACGUUCGAGCAGCCUGGCACAGGGGUAAGUUCGCUAUUAUGUACGCAUGGUACUGGCCCAAGGACCAUCCAGCCUCUGGAAGACUCGUAGGUGGCCACCGUCACGACUGGGAGAGUGUCGUCGUCUGGCUUGACAACCCGGCAAACCCCCAACCCCGUCUUCUCGGUGCCGCUGCAUCGGCUCAUGGAAAUUACAAGCGCAACUCGAACCCCAACAAGCAGGGAAAUAAUGUGAAAGUGGAGAUAUUUAUCAAAAGUCCCGACAACCACGCCCUGCAGUUUACGAACACGGUGGGUCGCACCUUUUGGAUCAACGACUGGGAUACUAUGCCCAACGCUGCGAAGCACGCUCUAGGAAACGCAAGAUCGUUCGGUGAGGCAAAUGUGCCUUUCAGACCCGAUAACUUCUUUAGGAACCUAGACGAAGCCUUCCUCUAG